GUAUUGCAGGAGAUGCCUGAGCCAGCCAAGUCUGCACCAGCCCCCAAAAAGGGCUCCAAAAAGGCUGUGACUAAGGCCCAGAAGAAAGAUGGUAAGAAACGUAAGCGCAGUCGCAAGGAGAGCUAUUCCGUUUACGUGUACAAGGUGUUAAAGCAGGUUCACCCGGACACCGGCAUCUCUUCCAAGGCCAUGGGCAUCAUGAAUUCGUUCGUCAACGACAUUUUCGAGCGUAUCGCAGGAGAGGCGUCGCGCCUGGCGCAUUACAACAAGCGCUCGACCAUCACCUCUAGAGAGAUCCAGACGGCCGUGCGCCUGCUGCUGCCCGGGGAGCUGGCCAAGCACGCUGUGUCCGAGGGCACCAAGGCUGUCACCAAGUACACCAGCUCCAAGUAAAUGUGUUUAGGUGCUGUUAAACCAAAGGCUCUUUUCAGAGCCACUUAAUUUUCAUUUGAGGAGUUGUGAUGCUUUUUUCCGGCUUUACUUUUAGAGAGAUUAUUUAAGCACAUAUUAAUAUCUGAGUUUGUUAAAUUAUUUUUUCAAAUAAAUACUGUAUGUGGAGAAGUGCUUGUGGCCUUCUCUGUUUCAAGUC